AUGGUACUGAGAGAUUUGAUGCUGUGUGGUAUCACCUCGAAAAUGGCUUUCGGUGAUUAUCCAGCCGAGUACAAUCCGAAGGCGCACGGGCCCUACGAUCCUGCCCGUUACUACGGAAAACCGGACACCCCAUUGUCGCAAGUGAAACUGGGUGAACUGGGAUCAUGGUUAGCUCGUCGCAAUAAAACUCCCCAAGCUAUGAUGGGCGCUUGCAGCAGGGCUUUCUGGAGAUGGCAACACAAGUACGUACAGCCCAAACGAGCUGGAAUUGCUCCGUUCUUGCACGUAGUGUUCGGAAGUAUGGCUUUCUUCUACAUGAUUAAUUACAACAGAAUUUCUCACCACAGAAACUACAAAUACCACUAA